AUGGACGAGGGCAUCAAAGAGAAGUUCUUUUCGGAUUUGAAAUGCCUCUUUAAUCAGAAACUGGAGGUUGAUAGUCUUAUUCAGGGUUUCGAAAAUGUAGGGCUCAAAGGGAAACAAAUCGAUACUUCUUCAGAAGAGGUGAAGGAUUUGAGCUCUGAUGGUGAUUUUAGUAUCGGCAAUCGUGACAUGCAUUAUCCGAUCCGACCCGAUGCCGAAAACUGCUCGUUUUUCAUUCGAACCGGGACAUGCAGGUUCGGGCGGAUGUGCAGGUUCAAUCACCCUGUUUCGACGAAAAUCUAUGUUGAUCGGGGAAAAAGCAACAUAAUUGGUGCUGGAAGUUCAUCUAAAAGUUUGAGUCGGAUUCCAUGCAAGUUUUACCAAACUGGUCAUUGCAAAUAUGGAGAAUUUUGCAGAUUCAAUCACUCCAAAUCUGAGCCUGAAAACUCUCUCCCGCGACUUAACGUGCUUGGUUUUCCAGAAAGAUUGGGUUAUGAAAACUGUUCAUUCUACAUGCGUACUGGUGUCUGUGGUUAUGGUGCAUCCUGUAAAUUUCACCACCCUCCACCUAUCUUCUUUACUGUUGAAUCCAUGGAUAGCCAGAAUGAAGCUUCAGAAAUCAAUGAUGCUGAUGCAGGACAUGUAGUUCCUCAUUUCUCACAAUCAACUAAUUCACAUGUGCGUGUGCUAAAAUUCGGCAGUUUCCCAAGUGCAAUCAGUGGGACUCUGGAAAAGAAUCGGCACCCAUUGACAGAUGGAUCCACCUCAGAGUCUCCUUCUGGUGGCAAGACCAAGAUUUUUAAGGAAAUCCAUCUAAGAGUUUGGGUGUGUAUCAAGGUGUUGGGAAUUAAGGUUAAAGAGGCAGUGAAAAUUGAAUAUACCUCAAAAUGA